AUGGUGUCUGCAUCCAAGGCUGCCCGCCAGGCCAAACGUGCCGCUGAGGGAGACAAGAAGAAGACGGCAACCUCCAGGCUGUCGUCAAAGGCCAACUCCAAAAACGUUUCUACCGCUUCUUCUGUCAAUGGUGACGAUGAAAUCGAGGAACAAGGCGGCACCAGCGCCGCCAAGAUGUCCGACGUCAAGAAGUUAACAGAACAGACAGACAAGUUUGGUCUUUCAGAUCGAGUCACUACUGGCGUUUUGGCGUCCGUCCCAUCCAGCAGAGAUGUUAAGAUGUCAUCUAUUUCCCUAGUGUUUCACGGACGAGUCCUCAUUACCGACUCGACCCUUGAACUCACUUAUGGCAAGCGAUACGGCCUCCUCGGAGAGAACGGCUGCGGUAAAUCUACUCUUUUAAAGGCCAUUGCUGCCAGAGAAUUCCCAAUUCCAGAGCACAUCGACAUCUAUCUACUCAACGAGGGUGCUCCCCCAAGUGACCUUGGAGCCUUGGAUUGGGUCGUUACGGAAGCACAGAACGAACUUGAGCGGCUAGAGAAACAGGCUGAAGAAAUCCUCGAAACACAAGGACCAGAAUCACCAGUUUUAGAAGAUAUUUACGAGCGCAUGGACGGCAUGGAUCCAUCCACAUUCCACACCCGAGCUUCUCUUAUCCUUACUGGUCUUGGCUUUAAUAAGGUUACCAUUAAGAAGAAAACCAAGGACAUGUCUGGUGGUUGGAGAAUGCGUGUUGCUUUGGCCAAAGCUUUGUUCGUCAAGCCAUCGUUACUUCUUCUUGAUGACCCUACUGCGCAUCUUGACCUUGAGGCCUGUGUGUGGCUGGAAGAGUACAUGAAGAAGUGGGAUCGAACCCUCAUUCUUGUCUCCCACAGUAUGGACUUUUUGAACGGCGUCUGCACAACUAUGAUUGAUAUGCGAAUGAAGCAGCUCUUGUACUAUGGUGGAAAUUACGAUUCUUAUUCGAAAACGCGAGCCGAACAGGAGACCAACCAGAUGAAGGCAUACCACAAGCAACAGGAAGAGAUUGCCCACAUCAAGAAAUUCAUUGCCUCGGCCGGUACAUAUGCCAAUUUGGUCCGACAAGCUAAAUCCCGACAAAAGAUUCUCGACAAGAUGGAAGCCGACGGAUUCAUCCAACCCGUCAUCCCCGACAAGAUCUUUACCUUUAGAUUUGCGGAUGUCGAGAAGCUACCCCCACCAGUCCUCUCCUUUGAUGAUGUCACGUUCUCUUAUUCCGGCGAUGAGAAGGACAACUUGUACGAGAACCUUGACUUUGGUGUGGACAUGGACUCUCGAACUGCCCUUGUUGGUCCAAACGGUGUUGGUAAAUCUACUCUCCUUCGUAUUAUGACCGGGAAGCUAUCCCCUACAUCUGGUGUUGUUACGCGCCAUACCCAUUUGAAGCUCGGAAUGUACAGCCAGCACUCUGCUGAGCAGCUUGACCUGACGAAGAGCGCUCUUGACUUCGUGCGUGAUAAGUAUGCAGAGAAGAGUCAGGAUUACCAGUACUGGCGUCAGCAGCUGGGUCGAUAUGGUCUUUCUGGUGAAUCUCAAACUGCGCUCAUGGGAACUCUAUCUGAGGGCCAGAAGAGCAGAAUCGUCUUUGCCAUCUUAGCCAUUGAAAGUCCUAAUAUGCUGUUGCUCGAUGAGCCUACCAACGGACUGGAUAUCCCAACUAUUGACAGUUUGGCUGAAGCCAUCAAUGCAUUCAGCGGUGGUGUUGUUGUUGUUUCCCACGAUUUCAGACUUCUCGACAAGAUCGCCAAAGAUAUCAUGGUCUGUGAGAACAAGACCGUCCGCCGAUGGGAUGGCACUAUCGGCGAGUACAAGAACCACCUCCGAAAGAAGAUGAUCAACGCCGGUCAAGUUUAA